UCAACUAAUAAAAAUGGAUUUAGCACCUCAAGUAGACAAGCCAAACGUAGGAGAUACAGUAACUAUCUCAGAAUACCUUGUAACUAGAAUCGACCAACUCGGCGGGGGCGGUCGUCAGCCAAUAUACGGUGUACCAGGGGAUUUUAACCUGCAAUUUCUCGAUUUCAUUGAGAAUCACCCGAGAUUGGACUGGGUUGGUAACUGCAAUGAACUUAAUGCAGCCUAUGCUGCUGAUGCGUACGCCAGAACAAGUAAGAGUCUCGCAACACUAGUUACAACCUCCGGAGUUGGUGAACUUAGCGCCAUCAACGGUGUAGCUGGAUCAAUGGCAGAGAGACUUCCAAUAUUACACAUCGUCGGUGUUGCUAGCACGGCGAUCAUGAACUCAAGCAAGGUAUUACAUCAUACUCUUGCAGCGACAAGAUCAUCCUACAGUGCAUUCGCAAAUAUAGCACGCGAAAUAACAUCCGCACAAGCGUUCCUCCAAUCUCCUGAAGGUGCUGGUCAAGAAAUCGACAGACUUAUCUUACAUGCUAUCACUAACUGCAAACCAGUUUAUCUAUCACUUCCAACUGAUUUAGUCAGUGUUAAAAUUCCUUCCGCACCUCUCAAGAAACCAUUACCAAAUGCUCAUGAGAUCAGAGGUCGCAUUGAAGCUGAUUCUACCGUGUUUGCUAAUGAGAAUGAAAAACAAAAGGCAUAUGAAGCGGUUGCUGAUGAAAUUACGAGACUUUUUAGAGAUGCAAAGAACCCAAUAGUUGUUAUUGAUGCCUGUGCUCUGAGAUAUGGUGUUGAGAAAGAAUCGCAGGCCCUCAUCGAAGCAGGAAAUAUGGUAUUCUUUGACACGCCAAUGGGAAAGGGUGCGAUUGAUCAUUCACAUCCUAACUUCGGUGGUACCUAUGUAGGAGCAGUCUCGAACCCAAUUGAAGUCAAAGAACUAGCUGAAGCUAGUGACCUCGUUAUUAACCUCGGUGCUCUUUCAUCAGAUUUCAACACAGGUGGAUGGAGUGGCACAUUGGGUGACAAGAAAGUUAUUGAACUUCAUUCUGAUUUCACAGUUAUUGGUUAUGCUAGAUACCCAGGUGUCCCAAUGAGAGUUGUCUUGCCAAAAAUUACGGAGGAGUUCAAGAAAUUUGCAAAACCUGAUCCUACAAAGGCAGAGAAAUUUAUUAAUGCUAAGAAAGCUCGCCAUGAGUGCAGUUUCGGAGUCCUCAACAAGUACAAGGGCAAUCUUGACACACCGAUUACCCAUGAUUGGUUCUGGCCAAGAUUCGCUAAUGGAUUCUUCCAAACGAAAGAUGUCAUUCUCACAGAAACGGGCACAUCUUCAUUUGGUAUCUUAGAUGUCAACUUACCAGACAAAGUAACGUCAAUAUCGCAAGUUCUUUGGGGAUCAAUUGGUUACUCCUUACCUGCCGCGUUGGGUGCUUCUAUCGCAGCUCGCGAUCAAGGAAGGCGUACAAUUUUGUUCAUUGGUGAUGGUAGUCUUCAACUAACACUUCAAGAACUUGCGACGAUGUUGAGACUCGAUCUGAAGCCAAUUAUUGUUGUUCUAAGCAAUGAUGGUUAUGAAAUUGAGAGGAAGAUUCACGGUGAAACUGCGAAAUACAACGAUAUUUCACAUAUUGAUCAUCAACUUCUUCUGCAAGCGCUUUCUCCACCAGAAGGUUCCAAGCAGAAGCGCGUUGAACAUCAGAGCUUGCAGGUCAAAACUAAAGCUGAACUUGACAGAGUCCUGAAUGAUAAAGACUUUGCUAGCGCAUCAAAGCUGACACUUUUGGAAGUCGUUAUGCCUAGAAAUGACAGCCCACAUGGACUUCUUUUGCAAGCAGAAAUGAGUGCAAAGAUUAAUGCUUAAUUUCUCUCGUAAAAUCCUUUUAUUCUUGUCAUGAUUAAUUUUAUCUAAGUUAUUAGUCAC